CCACCACGACCACCACGACCACCACGACCACCACGACCACGACCACGACCCCCAUCCCCAUCUCCAUCUCCAUCCCCUUCCACGGGUACCAUGUCUGUUUCUGUCUACUUUUGCUCGUCGGCACCGUCGCCGUCCUCCACCACUCGGCUGGGAGGGCUGGAGAGAGUGAAUGCGGCGGUGGCGGUCUCCUUUGCCACGGCGGAUACAACGGCAUUGCCACCUGAUGUGGCUCCGCUUCUCGCUGCUCAACCUGAUGCUCUUCUACUCGUUGGCCUCUCUACGCCAUCUGCCUAUCCAUCUCUGCUUCAUCUCAUCUUUCCAGAUCUUCGUGCUGUCCCUGAUUGGCCAACUGCUAUCGCUCCGCAUGAUGUGUACUCGGUCGUGGCCUCGCUCGAUGCGCUAGACUUUGAUCACGUGGUUCCUGUCGGCUCAGUGGCGCUUCCUGCCUUCUUUGCUGCAUUGGCUACCGUUGCUACGGGCGCCGCUGUCUUCUCGCCGCUUGAUCUCCGCGGUCCGGCCGGUGUCCUGGAGCCCUUUACUUGCGCCCUGCCUGCGCUCGAACCGCAGGCCGGCGUCGUCCGCGUCGAUGCACACAUCGCCGCCCGCUCCGCACAUGACUUUGCCCUUGCCAUCGUCCACGCCGUCAUCGACCACGGCUCCUUCGAGCCGCACCCCGAGUUUAGCGGCUCGCUCCCGCGCGCUGCGCUCCGGCUGCACUGCGCAGCCGCGCCGCGCGAGCUCGGCGUCGCCGUCUCCUCCAUCGACGAGCUCGAGGACUCGGCCCACGCCGCCAUCGCUAGCCACCUCACUUCCAUCACCUCCUCGCUCGCACCGCCCUCGUCCCACCGCUCGCUCGAAUCUGCCUCGUUGGCCGACCUCCGCGCCCUCCUCGAGCUCCUCGAUGGCCGUUUCUACGGAGCCGGGGCGCCUCGGAACACGGUGUCGACGGUGGACGCGUCGUUUGUGUACAAGGUGGCGCUGUGUGAAGAGGUCACCUCGUCGUGCAAGGGCUCUUUGGAUGGAGGUUGUCAAGAGUAUGAUCGGUUGGGCAUUGCUCAGUCUUUGGGAAAAAUCUCUUCGGCAACAACAGAGUUGGUCAAUGAUCAGAUCGUCAUCUCGUACAGCGGUGGUGAUACUUGCUCGGGCAGCAAACUGUAUUCUACAAAGAUCACCUUUGUCUGUGACAAGUCACAAGGCGGUACCGGCUCACUCCGCUACCUCACCGAGGGAUCGUGCGUUAUUGAGUUUGAGUGGGCGACAUCGCAUGCGUGUCUUCGUCCGGUCCCGAGCGGAGCAGAAAACAAGGGCGGCCUCUCGCUCGGCUCCAUCCUCCUCAUCGUCUCGCUCGUCCUUGUCGUCGUUUACCUCGGCGCCGGCAUGGCCUACCGCUUCCGCUUCAAGGAAGCCCGCGGCCUCGAGAUGUUGCCAAACCGCGCUUUCUGGGCCUCUCUGCCGGGUCUAAUCGCCGACGGCUGCAAGUUCACCUACCACACCAUCCGGAGUAAGGUCUCCGGUGAUGGCUACUCUGAGAUGGCAUGA